CUAGCCCGGUCUGCAACGUGCCCGUCGUCCAUGGCGCUGCUGAACACCCGUGCCGAUGCAUUGCAAACCGUCGCACUCUGUCGUUGUCUCAUUACGUCGUUGGAAUUGACCCGCAUGCGUAAAUCUCGGAUAGGGUUUGCGCAUUGGAUGUCUUUCUGGGAACAACUGUACAGCCGAUCUCUCGCCCGUACUCUCAGUCUGUGUGUCACCAGUGCGCUCACAAAGGUUGACAUGCUCUUUCGGUGCGUCUCGAAAGAGCUCCAUUUCAUCACGGACCGAACAGAAGCAGCGGUCAGACAAGCCGAGUCCAAGAAGGAUAUAGCACGAAUUCUCGAAAACAUGGAAGCGGAAGUCAGCGUUCACCGAGAGCACCGACGCCGCAGAGCCCACAAAACUCUGGAGCGGUUGAGGGCGAAUAUGGAGGCGAUCCCAGUUAAAGUCACGGAUGAUUUCUAUGUCGACAUGAAACGAGCACUCUUCUGCCUGGAUCCCUUCUGCGACUAUCACCCCGGUGACCCGGAAGCCGAGCUACGUGAUCGAAUGCGGCCAGCGCAAUUCGAUGUGUAUCAGGAUUCUCCUAUGGACGAACCAGUCGAUCUUCACCAAGUUGUCGGGUCUAUGGCAUACACCCUGGCAAGCGGGCAGGGCAGGGGACAAGGCCACGCGAGGAACCGCGGUUUUGUAAACGCACGC